GCUUAUAUAUGUUAAAUUUUGCAUGGUUGUAGGCCCAUUGUUUCAUAUGGGGUGGUACCACCUUUUCUAUCAAUACAACCCAGUUUCUCCAGUUUGGGGCAAUAUCACAUGGGGCCAUGCAGUAUCAAGGGACUUGAUCCACUGGCUCUACCUCCCCCUUGCCAUGGUACCCGAUCACCGGUUCGAUUGGAAUGGUGUUUGGACUGGGUCCGCCACGCUUCUCCCCGAUGGAGGAAUCAUAAUGCUUUACACUGGUAUUUCCGAUAAUUAUGUGCAGGUGCAAAACCUUGCAUAUCCUGCCAACUUAUCCGAUCCUCUCCUUCUUAAUUGGGUCAAGUAUAAGGAUAACCCGGUUAUAGUCCCUCCACCCGGUGUUGGUCUUGAGGACUUUAGGGACCCGACCACUGCGUGGCAUGCCGGGGAUGGCAAAUGGCGGGUCGCAAUCGGGUCAAAGAUUAAUACAACGGGUAUAAUCCUUGUGUACCAAACCACUAACUUCAUUAACUAUGAGCCAUUGGAUGGGAUUAUGCAUGAGGUUCGGGGUACGGGCAUUUGGGAGUGUGUGGACUUUUACCCAGUUUCAACUACCGAUAUAAGUGGGCUGGACACAUCAUUUAAUGGACCAGAUAUUAAGCAUGUGCUUAAGGCAAGUUUGUUUGAUGAGAUGAAGGAUUAUUAUGCACUGGGGACAUAUCAUCCGAAUAAUAACACAUGGAUGCCCGAUAACCCAGAACUGGAUGUGGGUAUCGGGUUGCGAGUAGAUUAUGGAAAGUACUAUGCAUCAAAGACAUUUUAUGAUCAGAACAAGCAGAGGCGGAUUUUGUGGGCUUGGAUUGGAGAAACUGAUAGUGAAAAUGAUGACCUCUUGAAAGGUUGGGCAUCCGUUCAGACCAUUCCAAGGACUGUAGUGUAUGACAAGAAAACUAGAACUAAUAUACUUCAAUGGCCUGUGGAGGAAGUGGAGAAACUCAGGUUGAAAUGUAUUGAGUUCAAUGGCGUAGAGCUUGGACCCGGAUCAAUCGUGCCACUGAAUAUAAGCUCUGCUACACAGUUGGACAUAACUGCCACAUUUGAGGUAGAUAAGGAGGCAUUGGAAGGGACACUUGAAGGCGAUGUCGGCUACAAUUGUAGUACUACUGGUGCUGUUGUGAGAGGCACUCUAGGACCAUUUGGCCUUCUGGUUAUUGCUGAUGAUUCGCUAUCUGAGUUUACACCGGUGUAUUUCUACAUCUCUAAGGACAUUGAUGGCACUUAUAAGACCUUCUUUUGUUCCGACGAAAUGAGGUCAUCGAAGGCUUCUGAUGUUAACAAAAAUGUUUAUGGAGGCUUGGUCCCUGUGCUAGAUGGCGAAAAAUUAUCUAUGAGAAUAUUGGUUGAUCAUUCCAUUGUGGAGAGCUUUGCUCAAGGAGGAAGAACAGUGAUCACAUCGCGAAUCUAUCCAACAAAGGCAAUUUAUGGAGCAGCGCGAGCAUUCUUGUUCAACAACGCUACAGGAGUGAGCGUCACAACAUCGCUCACGAUUUGGGAAAUGGAUUCUGCAGAUAUUCAACAAUUCCCCUUUGAGUCAGAUGAUGUAAUGUUGCUUUAGUCAAACCAUCUUGUUAUAUUCGUCAAUUGUUUGGUGUUUGGUUGUUGGGAAAAUUUGAAGUAGAAGGGAAAAUGUAGAAUCUUGCUGCAACCAAAAUGAUAUUAUAUUAUUCCAUUUUUCUGAAGGGUUGCCAGUUUGUUUUAGGCAUGUUGUUUGGUUGGCAAUCUCCAUUGUAUUUCAUCUCUAAACAAUAAUUAUUGAAGUGUUGAGAAUUUCAAUUGUCAUGAAUGCAAAGCAUUGGUUGUUUGGUUA